GGAAAAGACAGCAAGUUGCUAGGAAUGGCAAGAAGUUGAGAGUCUGCAGUUGCACAGUGAAGGUGUGUGUAAGAGGGCAGCUGUGAAGGGCUGCCGUGUAGAGGGCAGCUGUGAAGAGGCUGCCGUGUAGAGGGCAGCUGUGAAGGGCUGCCGUGUAGAGGGCAGCUGUGAAGAGGCUGCCGUGUAGAGGGCAGCUGUGAAGAGGCUGCCGUGUAGAGGGCAGCUGUGAAGGGCUGCCGUGUAGAGGGCAGCUGUGAAGAGGCUGCCGUGUAGAGGGCAGCUGUGAAGAGGCUGCCGUGUAGAGGGCAGCUGUGAAGAGGCUGCCGUGUAGAGGGCAGCUGUGAAGAGGCUGCCGUGUAGAGGGCAGCUGUGAAGGAGCUGCCGUGUAGAGGGCAGCUGUGAAGAGGCUGCCGUGUAGAGGGCAGCUGUGAAGGGCUGCCGUGUAGAGGGCAGCUGUGAAGAGGCUGCCGUGUAGAGGGCAGCUGUGAAGAGGCUGCCGUGUAGAGGGCAGCUGUGAAGAGGCUGCCGUGUAGAGGGCAGCUGUGAAGAGGCUGCCGUGUAGAGGGCAGCUGUGAAGAGGCUGCCGUGUAGAGGGCAGCUGUGAAGAGGCUGCCGUGUAGAGGGCAGCUGUGAAGAGGCUGCCGUGUAGAGGGCAGCUGUGAAGGGCUGCCGUGUAGAGGGCAGCUGUGAAGGGCUGCCGUGUAGAGGGCAGCUGUGAAGAGGCUGCCGUGUAGAGGGCAGCUGUGAAGAGGCUGCCGUGUAGAGGGCAGCUGUGAAGAGGCUGCCGUGUAGAGGGCAGCUGUGAAGAGGCUGCCGUGUAGAGGGCAGCUGUGAAGGGCUGCCGUGUAGAGGGCAGCUGUGAAGAGGCUGCCGUGUAGAGGGCAGCUGUGAAGGGCUGCCGUGUAGAGGGCAGCUGUGAAGAGGCUGCCGUGUAGAGGGCAGCUGUGAAGAGGCUGCCGUGUAGAGGGCAGCUGUGAAGAGGCUGCCGUGUAGAGGGCAGCUGUGAAGAGGCUGCCGUGUAGAGGGCAGCUGUGAAGGGCUGCCGUGUAGAGGGCAGCUGUGAAGAGGCUGCCGUGUAGAGGGCAGCUGUGAAGAGGCUGCCGUGUAGAGGGCAGCUGUGAAGAGGCUGCCGUGUAGAGGGCAGCUGUGAAGAGGCUGCCGUGUAGAGGGCAGCUGUGAAGAGGCUGCCGUGUAGAGGGCAGCUGUGAAGAGGCUGCCGUGUAGAGGGCAGCUGUGAAGGAGCUGCCGUGUAGAGGGCAGCCAUGAGAAGAUGGAACAAGCACCUCCUAACAACCCAGGAGCUGGAGAAAGUAAGGAGAGAAAAGCAAAGAGUGAACUUCAAGAAGUAACACGAAGCUAACCAAAAGAAAACGGAGACAUGUGUGACAUUUGAGAACGAUCAGGGAUGUCGAGGAAGGAGCCGACGCCUCACCCAAGCUGACCAAAAACACAACUCUAUGGAAGACAACGUGGCCGACCCCAUCAGAGCCUGAGGGACGCCAGAGGCUGAGGGACGCCAGAGGCUGAGGGACGCCAGAGGCUGAGGGACGCCAGAGUGAUGAUGCUAGGGGUGAACAUGACGGAGCAGCUGCUGUGGGUGGGGACGCCGCUGGCAGCCAUGCUGAGUGGGGUGUGCGUCCUGGCUGCCAUCAGCGGCAGCUGUUGGCUGACCUCCGAGGAGAGGAUGCCCAACCCCUCCUACAGGAACGGCUCCUCCAGGGUCGAGUACCUCACCAAGGGCACCGUCAGCGGCCUCUUCACUCUCUGCUCUACUGAAGUGGGCAAGACGGAGUUCAGAUGCACCAAGAUUGACUACUUCCCUGAUGAGAUCUACAGUCCUGAUCCCCAAGACUCAACUACUGCCAUCCCCUACACGGUGCUCAAGUCAGCGGGGUACUUCCUGACGGCGGCGGCGCUGCUGACGGUGGCGGAGGUCCUCUGCCUCAACGGCCACUGCUGCAGGAGGCGUCGCUUCCUCACCUUCGUCUCCGGCAUCACCUUCGUCGUCGCUGGUCUGGUGAUGAUGGUGGGAGUGGUGGUGUACAUAGCCACGCUUAAGGGCGAGGUUGGUGACAAGCUGAGGCCCCGCUCCAGCUUCCAGCCACCUCGCUUCACCUACACAUAUGGCUGGUGUUUCCUGCUCCUCAUGCCUGCCUUCUUGGCCUCAGAGACGGCAGGCAUAGCUGCCAUCUUCCUCUACAUCUACUGGCACAAGCGUGAGUGGCGAGAGAAGUGUGAGGUGAGGGUGAGGACCAGUCCUCGCUCCCUCCACCACCACCACCACCCCCACCACAUCUCCCGCACCCUGCCCGCACCACUCUCCAACCCCAGGUGUGGUGGUGGCUACAUGUUGGAGUAUGUGGCCGUGGACCAGUACCCAGACGCACUCCACCACAACCAUGCCCCCAACCAUUACCCCGACCAUAACCACGUCUCAAGCCCUCGCAACACGCUAUACCCCCAGCAGCAACACUAUCAGCUGCAGCAGCACUUCCACCAACAACAGCAACAGUACCAACAACAGCACCUCCACCACGAGCCGAGGCAGCACCGCCACUCCAGUGGGUCACAGGAGGAGCGUAGUGACUCCCCGGUAUGGGCUGCCUCAGCUCCGCCCAUGACACCGACUCCUCCUACAUGUGGGCGGGGGGGUGGUGGGGGACGCUCUCUCUCAGACCUUCCCCGCGAGGUGUGGUGGGGCGAUGGGGUUACUGGGGGCGGCACUCUGCCCCGUUCUAACCAAAAGAUGAGUGCCAACCUCCCAUGGGCUGCCCACCAACAUGGGAGGGGCAUGUCGCUGUCUAUGGGCACCUCCAUGGAGGGACUCACACUGUCCAGAGGCACCUCUAUGGAAGAAAUGACACUACACAGAGGCGCCUCCAUGGAGGGAGUCACGCUAUCCAGAGGCGCCUCUAUGGAGGGAGUCACACUAUCCAGAGGCGCCUCUAUGGAGGGAGUCACACUAUCCAGAGGCGCCUCUAUGGAGGGAAUCACGCAAUCCAGAGGCGCCUCUAUGGAGGAUGUCACGCUAUCCAGAGGUGCCUCUAUGGAAGGAAUCACACUACCCAGAGGCAUCUCCAUGGAGGGAGUCACUCUGCCGGCGAAGGAGGUCUGGAGGUACAACUCCGUACCUCGAGGUAGGGGGACACGCCAUUAUGGCACUUCUCCAGGCCUGGGUCUGCUGGCCACAGCUGGGGGAGGGUCGUGCCCUGCCUGCUGCACCUACUGCGACUCCUGCUGCUGUUGCUGCUGCUGCUGGCCUGAUGACAAUGAAGCAGCAGACAACCCCAAAGCUUCCAUGCUCUGCAGCCAAAUCCACAAAGUUGCCAUGUCCGUGCCUGCAAUACCAGCAGCCAACAGCACUUCUUUCUGCCUGCCCGUGGCCAGUCCUCAGAGCCAUGCCUCACCCACACGCCUUACCUGCACCUCCCCAACCCUACCCCAGCCGUGCUACCACCCCAAAUGCUACCAACACCCACAGCGCCACCGUCAGCAGCUUCAGCAAGCGGGAGAAAAGAGAGAGGACAGCAACCAUACCGUCAAGGGUUCUUACCCACAAGAACCCCAUAACAACGGCAGUGCCGGGCCUCUCUCUCCGCACCACCACUACCACCAUCCACUGCGACGCACCACACCAGUGUGACCUAUACCAACAUUUCGCCCCGGUUUCCCAAGUCCGCCACCACAACUCUGUGUUCAGUGUUAUGACCUCGCGGAUGAUACCUACGUGUGUAGAUAAUACUGAUUAUUAACCUUAUGUAAUGUAGCGUGUUAAUAUAUAACACUUACCACUCUCAUGUAGCGUUAGGUUAAUUAUACCAAUACCGAGACGGUAAUCCUAGUGAUAAAAGCUUCCACCACUGAUGAAUUAUUUAGAUUCGCUAAAUUCAUUUUUCUGUUGUGAUACAGCAGAUAAGUUUGUGCAUACGCUCCUAAGGUGAGAGUUGAUAAUCACCUUCCUUGGACUGCCUAUAAAUAUACCUUAGAUGAUAUUAUUUACACUAACUGUUCCAUCAUCAUACUACUACUAUGUAGAGAGAGGCACUUACAUGUGUCACUUAAUAAGGUGAGCAGCCGUCUACAAGUUACCACUGCUAGGCUUAGACUUGGCUACAAAUACCUCUUAGAGUUACAUGUAGCCUAAUAUAUCCCGGAGGUAUAGCAGCAGGUACUGAUGUAACCCAAGUAAACUUUAUAACAAAAUAUUCACGCAAUCUACGAGUACGUCACCAUAUACCUCAAUAUGGAAAAAUAAUCCAAGAAUUUAGUGACAGUUCUAUAAUUAAUGUUCAAAGAACUGUUCAUGUGUGAAAGCCACCAUCUUCAGUGGCCUAGACGGGGACCGGAAGCUGUCAAAGAUGCCCCAUUAUUCCCGAAGAUUGUUUCUAGUUGAAUUUUGAACAAGAGCAUUGUAUUAAUAUUUAUGACUUAGGCUGGGGAUAGGCUGUUCCCAAGCCUGCCUAUUGUAGAUAGUUCUUAUCAUGUAUGUAAGCUCGCACUGCCUCUGAGUUUCUUACUUGCUUAUAUCAUGACCAUAUUCUGUAACAUUAACUACAGUCCUAUAAUUAGACUAAUAUCUUGUAAGUUGACCAUAUAUCUGAGGGAAGAGUAACUUGUAACUAGUUCACCAUGAAUGUAAAUUGCUUAGCUUAAACAAUAUAUUGGGGUCCAGUUGCUUAACCCAUUGUGGAUGUGAACCUUUCUUCCCACCGCCCACAGGAUGGGUGGAAUCAUGCUCCACAAUAAACUAAAUAAACUAAACUGUAAUGAGGAAAAAACGGUGUGACUGACGGUCGCGCUCGGCUAAAUCUAACUAAAUUAAAUCUAACCUCACUGAACCUAAUAAGAGUGCAUGAGCCCUGAAAUAUAAUGCAAAGGAGAUUGUUUGGUAAACGGUAAGAUAGUCCUAUUACAAUUUGAAACAAUAAUAAUAAUAAUAAUAAUAAUAAUAAUAAUAAUAAUAAUAAUAAUAAUA